AUGGUAGAAGUUUUUUUGAAUAAUACAACGGAAAAAAUAGAAGGUGAGUAUCAUCAAAGUAAAGAUGUAAAUGCACCAGUUGCAUUAGUUUUACAUCAUCAUCCACAAUAUGGUGGAAAUAUGACUCAUAAGAUGAUACACAACACAUAUACUUCUUUUAUUAAUAAUAACUUUUCUGCGUUGAAGAUUAAUUUUCGUGGUGUAGGAAAAUCAACAGGUACUUUUGAUAAAGGCAUAGGAGAAUUAAUUGACGCUGCAGUGGCAAUUGACUGGCUUCAGGAACAUAACUCUAGCAACGUUCCAAUCUGGAUAGCAGGUUUUUCUUUUGGAGCGUGGAUAGCUAUGCAAUUAACAAUGCGUCGUCCAGAAAUAGUGGGUUUUGUCGCUAUUUCUCCUCCAGCAACUACUUAUGAUUUUUCAUUUCUCUCGCCCUGUCCAGUUCCCGGUCUGAUAAUACAAGGUGAUAACGAUACUCUUUCAGAGGAAGAUGACAUAGCAUGUUUAGUUACAAGAGUAACAAACUCAGUAAAAAGUAAAUAUAUGCAAUAUUAUAUAGUAGGUGAUACUAAUCAUUUUUUACGAAAUAAAGAGGAAGAAGCAAUGCAAAUUAUAGAUGAUUAUAUUAAGUUACGUCUAAAUAAUACCUCUUAUCAAAAUAGUUAUAGUAAUGUAAUAUCUAAGAAAAUACAGGAGUAUGCUUAA